AUGUAUCGAUUAUUAACAUUUUAUAUUCUUUUUUCUAUCCUAUUAUUUAUGCCAAUUGAUGCUGCAAAAAAACGAACAUAUACAACGGGUAUUGCUGAUAUUGUUCGAACAGCAUUUCGACGAACUUUUCAUCAUUUUAUGUUUCGUCAAACAUCUUAUGAUUCAGAUGUCUUUCGUUAUACUCAAUUAUCACAACGUCGUAUAGGAGGAUUAUAUGCAGGAGAAUCAUGUCGUUUAUCAGCAAAUAUAUGUUCACACGAUGAACAAUGUUGUUCAGGUCGUUGUAUAUGUCGUCGUUGGUCAAUAAUGGGAGAGCAACGUUGUAUUAGAAAAUGUUUUUAA